AUGGUCAACUUCAAGUCUCUCCUCCUCACCGGCUGUCUCUCCGGACUGGCCCUCGCUGCUCCUUCGGCUACUGUCAAGCGUGCUGCUGUUGACGAUACUGCCCCCGGCUUCGCCAGCCUCAACGGCGGCACCAAAGGCGGCGCUGGCGGAACCACCACCACCGUCUCCUCGUACGCAGCCUUCACCGAAGCCGUCUCCAGCGAUGAUGCAAAGGUCGUCAUCGUCAAGGGCAACAUCAAACAGGAGGCCAAGCAGGUCAAGAUCGGCAGCAACACGAGCAUCAUCGGGCAGGACGCGAAUGCCGUGCUGGAAGGGUUUGGGGUGCUCGUCAAGAAGAAGGAGAAUGUGAUUAUUCGCAAUUUGGGCGUGAAGAAGGUGUUGGCGGAUUAUGGUGAUGCUAUUGGUGUUCAAUACUCCAACAACGUCUGGAUCGACCACUGCGAUGUGUCUUCCGAUCGUGACCACGACAAGGACUACUACGACGGUCUCAUCGAUCUCACCCACGCCGCCGACUACGUGACCGUCUCCAACACCUUCGUCCACGACCACUGGAAAGCCGUCCUGAUCGGCCACUCCGACAGCAACAGCGACGAAGACACCGGCCACCUCCGCAUCACACUGAACAACAACUACCUGUACAACCUCAACUCGCGCGGCCCGUCCUUCCGCUUCGGCACCGGCCACAUCUACAACAACUACUACGAGGACGUGAGCGACGGGAUCAACACCCGCCAGGGCGCGCAGCUGCUCGUCGAGUCGAACCAGUUCGUGGGCUCGAAGAAGCCGCUGUACUCCACCGAUGGAGGAUAUGCGGUUGCCAAGGAUAAUGACUUUGGGGAUGGGGAGAAUACCGCUGACGAGGGCAAGCUGACGAGCGUUGAGUAUAAGUAUGAUCUUCUUGGGUCUGGAAAGGUGAAGAGUGCGGUUGUGGGAACUGCUGGACAGACUCUUACUUUCUAG